AUGAUUCCAUUUGCAAUUAUACUCUGUACAUUCUGCAUUCGCAUAUUCUCAAUCCGCAUCGACAGUACAGAUAAACACAUUCAAAGCAUAAAUCAGUCUACAUACACCCGUCUUAGAUCAUUGGUUUCAAAGCAGCAGUAUUCUCUUCUCAGAGUCUCGGAAAUUCCAAAACCAUCAUUAAAUGAGCCAAAAUGCACGCUUCUUUCAUGCUUGGCUGAAAAACAUUCCGUGCUUGAUGGCGAAUAUGUAAACUUGUUGCAUCAGACCGAAGCAUACACCGGAUACAAUGGUAGUGCAUCUCAAGUUUGGCAAAUGUUGUGGAGAAUUGCAUCCCAAGAUGAAUUUCUGAAUAUUGCGCUCAGCGGCAUUCAGUUUUCUAUUACCACACAUCUCUGUGCUUUCCACAAGCAGUUUUUGCGGUGGUAUGUUCCAAACCCAUCACUGUUCAUCAAAAGAUUCAAAAACAUAUACAGGCUCAAGUUAUACCUGACAUACAUGCUUGUAAGAAAAGCAGUUGGAUCGAUUAUCAUGGAUACAAAUGACAAUCAGUAUUCUGAAACAGAGCUUGUAGAAAUAAUAAAAUCAAUAAACAGCACCGAAAUAAACUGGAGGCAUAUACCUAAAGACAUUGAUGCAACUUUACAUAGAAUAGAUGAAAUGAUAAAUACAUUAGCAGGACUUGGAUGCGAAAAAUGCAGAAUAUGGGGAACUGUACAAUUCAGAGGAUUAGAGGUUGCAUUGAAGAUCAUGUCUGGCACAUAUACAGUGUCUGUAAGAGAAAAGAUGUUUAUUAUGAAUCUUUUCAUGCGUUUGUCUGUAUCUGUGUUGAAUUGCAUAAAGUUACGUGAAUACAUAGCACCACGUGCAAUGAAUGUGCUUCUGCACUGGAAGGAAAUGGCUUUGUUUGCAACAUCGUAUUCCCUGGUAGCAUUUGCAUUGAGGUUGAAGAAGCGGUUAAAAAGAGCAUUUUGA